AUGCCACCGAUUGUCAUAGAUGGCAAAACUAAAGAUCAGACAACCCUCAUAAGAGAUUUAAAGGAGUAUGUUAAAGGCCAAUUUAGUAUAAAACACACUAAUGCAACAACAAUAAUAUUCGUUGAAGACAAGGAAGAUCAUGCCAGAGUCAUCAACAAUAUUAAAACUGAAAAACUUGCAUACCAUACAUAUACUUCCAGCGACGAUAAGUCCCACGCCUUUGUCCUGCGUGGGCUUGCAGACGGUACUAAGACUACAGACAUAGAAAUAGAUCUCGAAGAACAGCAUGAAAUUAAGGCGAGGAACAUAUUCCAGAUGAACACUAAGGACAGACCCCUAUUUCUGGUGGUGACGGACCCAGCAAUUACCCUCGAAUAUCUAAACAAAAACACCAGGAUUGUACUACACACGAGGGUAACAUGAGAGCUGAGGAAAUCUGCCAAGCCCAUUAUACAAUGUCACAACUGCCAGCAGUGGGGGCAUGCAACGUCCAAUUGUGGUAGGCCGUCGAAAUGCGUCAAGUGUGCGGGUGAUCACCACACCCGUACAUGCCUGAAAACGAGAGAUACACCGGCGAUUUGUG